AUUCCGAACGUAGAACGAACCACUUGACCUGUCGCAUGCGCAACUGUCAUAAUGCCGGCCAAGUUCCGCGCCAAUUUCAUAUCGCAGUAACAUUCGCUAAUACUCGUGACACAACACGAGCGACGAUAAUAAAUCAUUUCAUUGAAAAUGAAGUUCAAAUGUAGAAUGGUGGAUGCGGGUGCCAUGCGGGAUUUUACGAGUAAUAUCAGCAUUUCGUGUUUCUAACCUUAUCGUAGAUGCUGAGGAUUUUAAAUACGAAUGUUGACGUGUCGCAGUGUUUCGGUUAUUUAAAUCCGUCUCACGUGCACUGCAUCGUCAAUAAUAUAUCCCGGAUGGCGAAAUAUUGCGUUCUACGAUUGACGCCGGACGAGUUGUGCUUCAACGUUGGGGACGAGCGUGUACCUGUGCUCUGGGCUGUGCUCGCUCAGCAUUACUUCUUCGUAGAAUACAUCAUGAGCGGAGUGUCCGAGCAGGAGAAUGAAAUCUAUCUGGAAUUUGAUGCGUCGAUGUUCGCCAGAAGCUUAAAUAGCCUGAAGGUAGAGGCCAAGAGUGUCAAACUUAAAUUGACCAACAAGCGGCAGCCCUGUUUGACAUUUGACAUCGACUUAUCUUCCUUAUCCGUUGACACGCGGCAAUGCACACACGAUGUGCCAGUAAGGCUCAUACCGCGCAAAGAAUGGCCGGAGCACAAGAUGCCUGACAUACCUGAAUUCGAUCUGUCGUUGGAGAUCCCGCACCUAAAGUACCUGCGCCACAUCGUGGACAGAAUGAAAAAUAUGAGUUCUCAGGUAAUAGUGAUUGCCAACAAGUGCGGCGCGUUGGUGCUGAAGAUCGAAGUGGAUCACGCUUCCGUAUCUAGUCACUUCAAGGGGCUGCAAGUUUGGGAGAGCAGACAAGAACAGAAUAACGACGAUAUCUUCGCGACCGUCGGCAUAAAGAAACUUGCGAUGUUCUUCGGCUGGGAUAUUCUCAAUCCGCAGAACGUUAGAUGUAACAUAUUGCAAGAGAAAAUGGUAAAAUUAACGUUAGAUAUAGGGGAUCACGUUACGCUGCAUUAUUUUAUACCGGCCAUCGCUGCUUGAGGAAUAAAAAAAAAGUCAUGUUAGGGAUAUUACUGAAAUGCAAAAAAUAUAUAUAUUUUUUUA